UCCUCUCCAUUUGCAUUAGUUUCGCAGGGAGAAACUGAAGUGAGAGAGGGGAGGGGUUUACCCAAAACCCAAAUAAUUGGUAUAGCGGCGAAGAUGGGUUCUUGGGUUUGCUUACCCAGCGGUGUUGGUAGUGUCACUGUCUCUGGUGCAUUGCCACGAAGGGCUCUUUCUGCUCUUCUACUACAAAAUCCAAUUUCACUCUUACCUUCUUAUCAAUUUCACCACAACAGAAGAAGAGUUUGUGCCUCUGCUUCUUCUGGUGCAAAGGAAUUACAACAGCAACAGUAUCUGAGGAGCCCAGACCUUGUGGCCUUGGAAUAUGCUGACCUUAAUCUCACCCACAAAAUUUCCGAGGAACUGGGUCAUGUCAGAAUCAGGCAACAUGUCAACCCUCUAAGUUCCUCUCUCUCUGUGCCUGUGGAAGUACCUGAUUGGAAUCAAGUCUUCAGGGACCCAACAUUGCCACUCAUGGUGGAUAUUGGAUGUGGUAGUGGCAGAUUUCUCAUAUGGCUUGCAAAAAGAAAUUUAGUUAUGAGAAAUUAUUUGGGACUGGAAAUACGGAAGAAACUAGUCAAGCGUGCUGAAUUCUGGGUUAAGGACCUGGCUCUUAGUAAUAUAUAUUUCAUGUUUGCUAAUGCCACAACUUCCUUUCAACAACUAGUGUCUACAUACCCUGGACCAUUGAUGCUUGUUUCAAUCCUGUGCCCAGAUCCUUAUUUCAAGAAAAGGCAUCAUAAGAGACGGGUUGUACAGAAGCCUUUAGUAGAUUCCAUUGCGAGCAAUUUAAUGCCCAGCGGCCAGGUGUUUAUACAGUCAGAUGUACUUGAAGUGGCACUUGACAUGAGAAAUCAAUUUGAUUCUCAACCCCAGGUUCUGAAACACAUCCAUGAAAUCGACUCGAGUGUGCUGUGUGACAGUGAGGGAUGGGUGUUAAGCAAUCCAAUGGGGAUAAGGACAGAGAGAGAAAUUCAUGCAGAAUUUGAAGGUGCAAAAAUUUACAGAAGGAUCUACCAGAAGCAAAUGUAAUUAACUAGAAGUAGAAGGUUCUUGGAUGAAGCAAGUGAAGAAUCAAGUGAGAGCUUUGAUUGCGUCCAUGUAUCCUGUAGAAAGUAGGGUUUCUUACCCGUUAAUGGGUAACGUCGGCAACAUCGUGUGAAGGAUGUUCAUGCUUCAAAUUUUAGCAUGGAAAAUCAAAAUUUUGUAAUGUCUUUUCAUUAAAAUGUAGCUUUUAGGUGAAACACAAUGCAUCUCAAUAUUUUAUUAGCGGAAUUGUUAUCCUCCA